UAUACUUCAAUGGAUUUGUUGUCUAAUUUAGCUCUAGGUCACCAUCUAUAGCCUUUCGUCGAGUGAAGUCAUCUAGAGAACGAUUUCACAGUUCGCCCGAAUUUGAUGGCUGGCGGACGACGACGACAAGUACGGAUAACACUAAACGAUUGUCACUGCUGACGGUUCCGUUUUCUGGACGUUUUCUUGACGCGGAAGCUCCAAACGUGAUGGAGAGCGAACUGGAACCACAAUUCGGUAGUUUCCUCUAUUGGCGACUCCCUAUACUUGCAAUUCCGGAGGAAAUCGAGCAGGAGAUGAGACAAACUCGUCACGAAACGUCAAAUCGCCAUUACAGAGCGAACUUUGAAUGCGACGUGGGCGUGGUCGCGUGUGAUGACGUCAUAUCCGACUGCAGCGGCGAUUGGUCUGCAGACGACGAGGCCGAGGAUAGUGAAUCGGAAGUUGCCCCGACUUCUGUGAUUUCCACCGAGCCUGUUGUGCAGUCGGUUGGUGCACCGGCUUCUCUCCGUCUGCAGCUGCUCGUCGACGGCUAUCAAGUGCGCUUGCAGCGUGCCGCGGAGGAAUCUCGACGAUUAGCGCACGAAGUCGGUGAAAUGGAGGUGCUUGUCGACUACUCACGCGAUUACUUCGCUCGUGAGGCGCAGUUAGCUCGCAUUGAACGGGAUUUCCUUCUCAGUCAGAGACAGCAACUUAGUCGGGAUUUGCAGUUGAAACGAGCGCUGUGCGCAGCGGAGCUCUACCGAAGUCGUCAUCCGGUUCUUGAGGUUGCAGGAUCUAGAUCGUCUUCUCCUGCCGUUGUGAGCUGUGGCAGUGUCAUGGAUUCUUAUCAUCGACGUCCAAUUCUCACUCGUCCGGCUUUCGAGAAGAGGCUUCCUGUGCUGCAGCCUUUGGUCUAUAAUGCAACGUGUCAGGCUACUUCAUUGGCGAGAACGGGAUUGUGUUCUCUCAUCGAGAGAAAGGAAGAGACAGAAGAGUCCAAGACGUCCCAUUCAAAGCGUCGCAGUCCUCCCGAACGUGUCGCUGAGUGGACUUCAAUCGUAGAAGGUGAAGAGACAUUCAACGUCCAUCUUACGGAAUCUAACGAAGAGACAGUCUCGGUCCACGAAGGCUCGCUCACACAAAAAGGUAACGACGUGGCAACUACAAGCAAUAAAGCACAAGUUGUUACCAUGCCAUUAAAGUCGUCAGAAACGAAGUCCAGUUUGUCUGAUCCGCCGACAGUUGUCGUCACUGACACUUCGACGUCCGAGACUUUCCCUAGAACCAAAAAGAAAAUCGUAAAGCGCGUGGUGAAGGUCAAGAAAAAGGUGACUCUAACUGCCGCUGACAAAGAAGCAAGACUAGCUGCAGCCAAAGGAAAGGAAGUUGUGCCCAGUGCAGAAGGAGACAACGUGACAACAACAAAGGAAGUAAAGGUAAACAAGGAAGAGAAACCAGCAGAAGGAAAUGAUGUCGUCCCGUCGGAGUCACAGCAGAGAGUUACUGAAUCUCAGAUCGUUACGGAACUGAAAGACAUGGUGAAGCAAACGCCAAUCGCAAAGACGAAUUUGGUGAGUGAGACGAAGAGAGACGAGGAGGUUGGUAAGGAUGCGAUUCAGGAGGAGAGUAAGGAAACGAUGGAGACACCGGUGACGAGUCAGGAGUCGCCACCGGCGAGAGAGAGAACGCUGCCGAGGACAAAGAAGGUUGUCAAGAAAGUGAAGCGAAUCAUCAAACGACCCGUCGUGACUCCCUCAACAACCAGUCUCACCGACAUCUCAUCAUCAGUCACGAGCGACUCCCCGAGUCGUGAAGUUACGCCUUCUCCUCUCCAAGGCCGUAAACGUGUGACCCGAAUCGUAAGAAAACCACGUCCUGUAUCUGACAGCUCGGAAGAUAGUUUUCGAAUGAAUGAGGCAAAUGAGUCGACGAGAGACGGUAUUGACAAGUCCGUUAGUGCUACUGUGAAGCAUAGACACGUGACGGUUGCAUCAUCGAGGUUGGUAGUAUCGAGAGCAACGUCUCCUGGUGUCGAGCAAAAGGAGUUUAUGAAAGAGUCAUCUUUGAAGGACAGGACGGUGGUCGGUCGUAUCAAGGAGGAGCUGGAGGCAAGAGAGACGUCUCCACCUGUGGAGACUCCCGGCGUCAAGGUGUCUCACGAACUCGGCCAGUUGAAGAGCAAUCGAGAGCAGAUGGAAGAAUGGUGGGGCAAGCGGACGACAGAUGGAAUAAUAGCUUCGUUGGAACCGAAGUUUGAUGGUUCAACUCUAAUCAGAUGGAUUGCUCAUCACUACCUUAGCAAGAAGGGAAAAGGAAUGACCGAAGACAAAGCAAGAUGUGAAGCCGAGAAGUUAUGCGAAAGUCUUCUGACAGCCGGUCUGUUACAAGAAGUCGAUAAAACAGCAACAGAUGAAGCUUCACUAUUCGACACCAACCACGUGUACACAUGGUGUGCACAGUCUCUUAAUCCUCAAGAAGCCACUCCCUCACUACAGAGACCCGUACGGACACUACGAGAUCAAGUAUGGCCUCCACCCUCCCCAGCCACGGACACCGACUCACGUCUCAAGUACACCGAAUCCGAGCAUCGCCUCCUCAUGAUCGCAGCAGCCAAGGAGUACACACGAGAACUAGAGAAAAUAGAGAGGAGAUACCAAGAGGAGAUUGUACAGUUAGAGUUGAAGCACGAGAAACGAGUUGCCGAGUUAGAGAAGGAGAUGUACAGCCUAGCGGCACAAGUACGCGAACAGGCGAGUCAGAGAGAGAGUAUGAAUCGUGUAGCUUCAACACCUCCGCCGCCGCCGCCGCCUCCUCCUCUCUCAGGAGCUGCAGCUCCUCCGGCUCCUCCUCCUCCGCCUGGAAUGAUUGGCCAACCACCACUACCAUCUGGCAUCCCCGGAGCACCACCACCUCCACCUACUGUUCCUGGUGCCCCUCCGGCUCCCGGCAUCGGAAUGCGCAUGGGAAGUAGGAGACAAAUUCGAAGGCCCAAGGUUGCUAUGAAGCCGUUAUUUUGGCAAAGACUGCCGGUGCAGCAAAUGAAAACGGGUGCCGGCGUUCUGUGGAAGGACUUGGACGAGCCAGAUAUCAACUACGAGGAGGUGGAAGUGAUGUUUGCCAAGAAGGAGACAAGCUCGAAGCCGUUAGCUGACAGCUUGAGCAAACCAAAGAAUGCGAAGACACUUCACUUUCUGGAACCCAAACGACUCCAGGCUGUAGGCGUGUUGAUAGGUCAUCUCAAUGCGACUAUGGAGGACAUAGCUCAGGGUGUGUAUGGGUUCGACACGUCGGUGCUUGACUUACAUAACUUUCAAUCUCUCUUUGACAUCCGAGGCACGAAGGAAGAGCUCGCCGCCAUUCAGGCACAUCUAGAGAGUGAAUCGGAUGCUCAACUAGACAGACCAGAAGCUUUUAUCUAUCAGUUGUCACAAAUUUCUGGUUUUUCUGAACGAGUCGAGUGCUUUCUUUUCAAGUCAAACUUCGACGAGAUGCUGUGCGACAUCAGUCGCAAGUUCUUCAAUCUUCGUCUCGUCUGUGAAACGCUGCAGAAGUCUGUGGGCGUUCGGAGAUUUAUGUCUAUGGUUUUGACGAUCGGGAACUACAUGAAUGCUGGAAAUAGGCAGAGAGGUGAUGCGGAUGGUUUCUCGCUUGACAUUCUGGGAAAACUGAGGGAUGUGAAGACGAGGGAUAAUUCGUCAAAUCUGUUGCAGUAUCUCGUCUCGGUUUAUGUGAGAAAGUAUGACAAGGACGCCGGUACUGCCGCCGCUCGUAUUCCUCUCCCCGAACCAAGUGACGUAAAUCAAGCCGCUGAGAUACGAUUCGAAGAACUCAACGCCGAAGUACAGCUACUAGCAAAGAGACUAAAUGACGUUGAGAAGUUGUCGCAGUCGGUCAUUGCCGUGUCAGCUCCCGAGCAUUUGCAACCGCUCAAGGACACGAUGGAGCAGUUCAUUGAAUCGGCAAAUAAGAGCAUUGCAGAACAGGUUGAAGGUCUAAAUGAAUGCCAAAAACGGUUUGAUGCUCUUACUCAGUACUAUGGCUGUCAGUCGAAAGACAACGAUGGCCCGAUGACACCAGCAGAGUUCUUUGGUUUGUGGACCGCAGUUUGUGUUGAUUUCAAAGAGUUGUGGAAGAAAGAACAGCAAAUAGUAGCAAAGGAAAUUUAUGAGGAGAGAAGAGCUGCAAUGAGGCGAAUGAAAGAGAAAGAGACGGUCGGCGUCAAGAAAGUUUUAUCAAGUCUGAAAAGCAAACUGCUUGGAAAAUCGGGCAAGAGUACAACGACGUACAAGAAGAGACGCUCGCUGGACGACAUACAGAAGGAGAAAGACGUUUCCGAUUACGAGCGACUCGUCAACGUGUUGACCGACCACGAGUCAUCCAAUUGACUGACCCAGUCCAAAACGGCGACCUUCCGGGAGUCAUUAAUAUCAAACCGACUAGAUCAAUCCUCUUUCUCUCUAUCCAUACAGUAUACAUAGACAGGAUAUAUGUUAUAGACAUGCAGGAUAACAGUCUGCGUAAUAGCUCAGCUAGAGUUCUACCAUCUCGGGUGCUGCUGCGAGAUGUUGGCGAUUUAGAGGCCGCGGUAUGUUUCUCUCUCUCUCUCUCUGGUUUAUAAUUUACUAUGAAGAUGAACGGUAGUUCUACUUUUGUAGUGGCACUGUGUGCCGCUUGUAGGUGAAAGUUUAUUUUUCAUCUAUAAUUAGUAAGUGUACACGAAGCGUGUUAGGGUUUCAGUAGACUGGCUCUCUCAUUUGCUUUGGAUAUAUCUGUGUGCACAUCGUCA